AAAAAUAAAAGAUAGAAAAUUAAAAAUAAAAUGGGUAAGAAUAUAUUCUUCAGCCCAAACAAAAAAGCCCAAUCUAAUCAAUAUAACGCUCCUACGACACUCUCACUAUCUUUAGUUCAAGCUUCUUCCCCAAAUUCUUCCCAAUUUCACAAACCCUAACCCUAGAACUCCAAUUCUCACCCAAAUCUCCCAAUCAAGAAUCCAAAAAUGGUGUGCAUUAGGAAAGCAACAGUCGACGAUCUUCUCCAGAUGCAAGCUUGCAAUCUCCUUUGUUUACCAGAAAACUACCAGAUGAAAUACUACCUCUACCACAUCCUUUCAUGGCCGCAACUUCUGUAUGUUGCUGAAGAUUACAACGGCAAAAUCGUUGGUUAUGUGUUAGCGAAAAUGGAGGAAGAAAGCUCGGAAUGCCAUGGACAUAUCACUUCACUGGCUGUUCUUCGAACUCAUCGCAAAUUAGGGUUAGCGACGAAGCUAAUGUCGGCUGCUCAAGCUGCAAUGGAACAUGUUUAUGGUUCUGAGUAUGUUUCUCUUCAUGUUAGGAAGAGUAAUCGUGCUGCUUUUAGGUUGUAUACUGAAACUUUGGGUUACAAGAUUCAUGAUAUUGAGGCUAAGUAUUAUGCUGAUGGGGAGGAUGCUUAUGAUAUGAGGAAGCAAUUGAAGGCGAAAUCGGGACACGGGCACGGUCACGGUCAUGGGCAUGGGCAUCAUCAUCAUGGUGGAGAAUGCUGCUCUGGUGGUGGUGGUGGUGGUGGACGUAGUAUCGAGGCGGGGAAGGCGACCGGUAGCCUUCAGACGGCGGAGUGAGCUUACGAGGUAAUAAUGGUAUUGUUUUUGUUGGUGAUCAUGUUGAAAAGAGUAUUGGUGAAUGCCAACAUAUUUUGGUUGUAAUAAUACUGUUGAAGGUUUCUUAUGAUCAUGUGAUUAAUGUUACAAUUAUUGUGUUAUUGUACUUCAAAUUGUGGUUUAUGAAAGGUUAUUGAUUGAUUUUACA